GCAACCGCGUUGAGUAGGUUUGAAGAGGUCCAACGUGAAUGUAAGCAACUAUACACAGAGGAGCACUUCGGUACACACGCUACAGCUGGGGGAGGGGGGAUAUGUAAAAGUCGAAAUACGCGGAGAGAGGUUGGUCGAACGGACAGAGCUCACUCCGGGAGAGUCCAUCCCUAUCUGGCAGACUCUUGCACCGAACUAGAGUAUUGUUGAAGCCUAACUCUGUAAGCUCCAGGUGACCAAUGGAUGAAGACUACUGGUACUAGUGCGCCACUUGGACAGCGGGCAUGACAAAGGGCGACGACAUGAGAAGCACUGGGCCGUGUUUUCGUUGAGUUGGUAGGCGUGUACGCAGUCGAUGCCAUGGUGAACAACAGGGCUUCUCUGAUGACAGAUCCCGUUCACGGGCUGGAUUCCCGUUGGAGCUGGACCGUUGCAGCCUUUUGCAGCUGGUUACUCUUCGCGGGAACUCUCAGCACCCGGGUCGUUGGGAUAGUUUAUUACGGCGUCGUGGAGACUUUUGAAGUUACGCGCCAGGAGGCUGCAUGGCCCGUGACGCUCAGUUGCUCUCUUCUGAACCUCGCUGGUCCUGCCAUGGGUUUCCUCUGCCGAAAACUAUCUUGCCGAACAGUGCUCAUGACGUGCUCGUUAAUCACAGGAUUCGGCAUAAUGGUGUGCUUCUUCGCCCCGAAUGUGUUAUUUCUCAACAUGUUCUUCGGCGUAGUUCACGGUGCGACGAUGUCCGGUGUAUUCGUAGGGACCAACGUUGUCGUUGCGCAGCACUUCCAAAAGCGACGCACCACGGCGUGCAGCGUGGUUUUUACCGUGUGCGGCCUGAACACGCUAUUGAUUCCUCCCGUCAUGGAGUACUUCCGCGCACAGUACGGCAUUCGAGGAGCCCUUCUCCUGCUGGGUGCCCUGACUGCCAAUGCCUUUCCUGCAACAAUCGCCCUCAGGAGCCCACCUUGGUCGAUUGCACCCAAGGAGGUUGCGCAAUCCAGAAGGGCGGUCAAAGGACAGGUCCCGACGGCUACAGCAAGCCCAAAAGCUAACCCACUCCGAGAAAAUCUGGCCAGCGUAGAAGCAGGCAAACUUCCCAUCGCGGCUCAAGUGGACCUCGUCAAGAAAUACCACAUCAAACGAGAGGCGUGGACUGGUAGCAUGGAGUCCUUUGGAAUUCCCACAGAACCGAUACAAGGGGCACUGGCAUCUACUCAGCAGCAUCACAACAUUCCCAGUUUGCGAGAAACCUUGAGAAACUUUGCGACGUUGAAGUUCUGCGUAGACGCCUUAUCGUUCGCCGUUGUGCUCUUCGGCUUCUCCACUUUCAUGCUGCUCUCUGUUGACUUAGCCAAGGACCGUGGCAUAGUUCCUGCUGACGCCGCGUACCUCUUGAACGCCUUUUGUGCGGGAGAUAUCGUAUUCAGAGCAAUAAGCGGCUGCGUAGUCGACUCUGGUUGGCUGAGUCUAGAAGCGGUGAUGCUUACCGGAUACCUCAUGCAGGCCGCUGUGUACGAGACGCUCAUAUGGUGCACAACGUUGCCAACUCUUUUGAUGUGCGCCGUCGUUCUGGGAGCAAGCAACGGAUUCAGAAUUGGUAUGCAAGCUCCCAUCAUGAUUCACGACUUCGGCAUCGAAGUUUUACCCAUUAUGAUGGGUGGACUGGCUUUCAUCAUCGGUUCUGUGGCACUGGGAAGACCAGCCCUUGUUGGCUACUACAGGGACAGGAAAGGUAAAUACGACGGGCUUCUGCACAUCAUCGCUGUGGCCAACAUUGUCUUCGUUGGCGUAUGGACUAUAAGGCUGUUCAUACAAAAGCGAGCUUACAGAAGGACUUCCUUGAGAGCAAAAGACAACGCGCCAAUGGAACUCGUGGUGUGCUCCGUUAAAUCCUAGGCGCUCAUGAACAUAGGCAACGUAGACGCUUCUGCGUGUGGUGACGUGCAAAGUAUGAAGGAACACCGUGUGCAAUGGUGCAUGACCUCCUGCUGCCAAUAACACUGUGGGCCGUAAUGUUGUCGACGAAGUGCGUGCACAGUCCCCGUGAGUGUCUUGAAGUGAGUGGACACCACUGUUUCAUAAUAUCCGAAAAAUGUGGAAUAGUAUACUAUAUGUGGCGACGGUUGGCCUACGGUUAAAAUGAAUUUUAUUACAAUA